AUGAGCGACUUGGGGCCCUUUGUAGCCGCUCACUUGCGGGACAAAGUGGUAGCCGAUCUGCUUCAGGAGAACAAGCAACUGAAGAUCCAACUGAAAAGUUCUCGAAGGAUUGCCAUUGCUGGUCCAGGAGGGUCGCCGGUCUAUGCCGAGAAAGAUUUCGCUCAUGGUCGCUAUGAUCCAACAGAGAGGGCUGGGGAGUGGUGGGAAGUGCCUUUCUCCGAAGUGCCUGGCCAGCAGACCGACAACUGCUGCACUCUCUCCACUCUGCCAACCUGCGAAGUUCGCAUCGGUAGCUUUGUCAAGCUCAAGAUGGGAGAGUUUGAUCAAUUGUACGUGAGCAACUACAGUAGGGAGCUAGCCAUGGUGAAGGUGAAGUAUAGUAGCAUCGACCCUUGCUUGGAGGUUGGGGUGCACAUUCCCAUGAGUGAGCCGCUGUUCCAAUCCAUAUAUUCUAGGACUCAGCGCUUGGAUAGUGGGUCAUCACUCUUUAUGGAUCUUAUCCCAACGGACACGGAUCUUCCUGUGAUCUUUGAAGAGGUCGUCUUCCAUGCCGAAUCUGCAAGGCAAGCACUCUUAGACUUUGGAGUCGAAGGAGUGGAAUGGCUCGACAGGGAAGACACAAGUAGUGAGGAAUCGGCAACAGAAGGUCUGGGCAAGACCUGCAGUGGCCGUACUGGUACCGGCACAGGCAAGUCCACAGGGACGCCUUGA